UCACCACACAGAUUCUCUUCUUUUCUCUCGUCUGCUGUGGAUGAAAAUCACAAGAGCAGAAAACUGAAAGACGGUUGGUCAGAUAUGGUCAUGUGACGCUGUGACGUGAGAGGGAAGAAGCUCAUGAAGAGAGUGAGGGCGGGAAAAGUGUGCAGAGCAGCUCUGCUUCCACAGCUGAGGAAACAUCUGGAAAAUGUCCAGCGUGAACCAGUCUGUGACCAACGGCACGGCAGGAAGUCAGUACCAGGGUUUACUGGAGCGGGCGCUGUUCUCCACACUCACUACCGUGCCGUGCUGCGCGUUUCUCUUCAUCAAUGGCACCAUGAUGUUCACGCUCAGGAGUAAGGCGCUGUUCCGCGACACGUCUCGAUACGUCCUCCUGUUCAACCUGCUGUUUGCCGACACCGUGCAGAUGUCGCUCGGCCAGCUGCUUUACCUCGUCGCCGCGUGUCGGACGACGCUCACGUAUCCCGUGUGCGGCGUCGUCAACAUGAUCACCAAACUCACCAACGAGGUGUCGCCGCUCACGCUGGUGGUGAUGUCACUGGAGAGGUACGUGGCCGUGUGCUUCCCGCUGAGACACGCCGCCAUCAUCACCGCCAGGAACACGGCGGCGGCUGUGGCGGCGGUGUGGGCCGUGAGCUCACUGGACGUCCUGACCCGCGUCUUCCUGCUACUGGAGUUUCCAUUCAAGGAGCUGGACUCUUUGCAGAUGAAGGACUUCUGCUCGGAAGUGUCGAUGAUGCUCGGGCCCAGGUCCAAUCAGUACGACAGAGCUUACAACUGCUUCCUGUUUGCGUCGGCGACCGUGGCCAUCAUUUCCUCCUACAUCGGCGUGGUGGUUGCGGCCCGCUCGGCGUCCUCAACGGACGCCUCGUCUCGUCGGGCUCGGAACACGCUGCUGCUGCACCUGGUCCAGCUGGGCCUCAGCCUCUCGUCCACCGUCUACCUGCCCAUCGUCAUCGCCGUCUCCAGGACUGUGGCCCGGCUGGUGUUCGUGCGCGUCCAGAACGUUCUGUACGUGUGCAUCUUUAUCUUCCCGCGCUGCCUGAGCUCGCUCAUCUACGGCAUCAGAGAUCACGCCAUCCGACUCGCGCUACAGCACCGACUGUGCUGUCAUCAAAGCCGACGCCUGCAUGUCCCCAAAUCUGACGCACUUCAUACCUAACGGUCAAUAUACUGGGACUGUUUUGAAAGUGCUUUGAUAUCAAUGUUGUGUUCGAAAAGUGCUUGAAUUUUGUGAUAAACUAUGAUGAAAUAUUAGGUUUACAGCAGUCAUAAAAUCAGACAUUUGAACUGAGUGAUGGAGGCAGCAGAGGAUCAACAGCUCCUGUGUCCAAAUGAGCUACAAUCAAUGAUUUUCUCUUGGGACUUCGGUGUGGGAGAGUGAGUGGUUUACAAACUUCAGUUAGAUAGAGAGUGAGAUAAAGACAUUAACAUAUUCUUAAGAUAUUUUAGACUGAAUCUGACGUUGUUUUUAUUACAUGAGAAUGUUUUUUUUUUUUUUCAUACACUCUCCCACACCAAACCCCAUAUAGAAAAUCAGUGAUUUUAGCUGGCGCGGACACAGGAGCUACCACUGCCUCGUGUGGUCACUUUGUGUCACCGAGGUUAAUCUAAACAAAGGAUUUAAAAAGCCGAAUAUUACAAAACCAGACAUUUGAACUUAGUAAUGGAGGCAGCAGUGGAUCAACAUCUCCUGCGUGCUGUGAUGUUAAAAUCACUAAUUUUCUCUAUGGGGUUUGGUGUGGAAGAUUUUCCUUUUGGAAAAGUCUGUCUGACAGUGAGAUAAAGACAGUUUAAUUCUAAACGACUUUAAGAACAUGUUCACAUCUUUAUCUCACUGUUAGACAGACUUUAACAACAGGAAACUGAAGUUUGUAAACUGUAAAGUUUGUGGCCUCAACAGCCCUGCAGUGAGUCACGUGAUUUUCAACUGUAUUGCAUCAAAUGUGAUUAUGAUAAAAUGUAUGCUAUUAUUUUUAAGUUCUCAACCUGAAAUGUGAAAAGCUUCCAAUUUCUUCCUGUUCAUUUUCAUUAAUUCCCACUGAUCAUUUUUCAUAGUAAAUACUGCAUAUAAGACGUAUGAUGUAGACGUCACAUGUUCACAUCUUUAUCUCACUGUUAGACAGACUUCAACAACAGGAAACAGACGUUUGUAAACCACUCAAAUCUGAUUGUUUUAGCCAAGGAUUAUGACACAUUAUUAUUAUUAUUAUUAUAUUUAAGUCACAACCUGAACAUUUUUGGAAGAAUUCCCGUUAAUUCCCAUGGAAAGUUUUCACUUUGGAAAAUUCCUUGUUGUAGCACAACACCAUGUCUUUUAAUGUGAUUUUAAAAAGUGAAAUAAUGAGACACAGUAUAUCCGCUCUUCUCUGCAGAGGACAUUUUGUCUCUUCUGUUGUAAAAUAUAUAUAUUUUUCACAAAUAAACGUAAAAAAGUCAUCAAUCGUGUUUUAAAAAUAUAUUAUGAAGCAGAUAAUAUCAUGUAUCCAUAGAAAUAAUCAUUUUGAGGAUGUGUUUGUAUUAACAUAUCAUUUAUUUUGUCUUUAAGGAGCACAUCAAUCACAUUUUAUAAUAAUUAUUAUUAUUUCUGACUUUUGGAACAUAAUUUUUGUUGCUCACUUGUUUAAAAGUGAUAAUUGUGAUCGUGUUGAAAAAAUGAACUCAUAUUGUGAUUUGUUAUUUCUUCAGUGUGUGUGCGUGUGUUUGACGACAUAUUAAUGAAUAAUAAACUCAUCAUCUUUUACUUAAAGGCAGGUGUUUUCAGCCUUUUUACAUCAGGAAAAUACAUAAAAUAAACCCAGAAUAAUUCAACUUAUUUAACAGAUAUUAAACUAAACUUGUUCAAUUUACUUUUAAUAUGUUUGUUAAAAGUUCGGAUUCAGUCCGACUAACAUGUAUGUUAAAAUGUCAGAUUUAGUCCACCUAACGCUUUCCAACAACUUUCAGUUUUAGUCCAAUGAACAUGUAUGUUAAAAGUUUGGAUUUAGUCCGACUAACGCAUAUGUUAAAAGCAGUGGUGGGCUG